AUGAGUGUUUUUGACGAAAUAGCCGAGAAAUCCGGCGACACCCUAUGGGACAAGUGGAAGGACGAAGUUCUCGGCGUUCGUGCUGAAGUAGCAUCAUUCGUUGCUUGUCGACUAGACCGUGGCGCUGGAGAGGUUGUUGACUGGUUUGAGGGCUCCUUUAACUUCUGCCUCCGGGUUGAGUUCAAAGAUGGAGGUGCCGACGCCAUUAUUCGAUUCCCUGGACCCGGACACACAACCUUUAGGGAUGAAAAGGUCGCCAACGAGGUUCAGGUCAUUAAGUUUCUCCAUGAGCGGACGAACAUCCCUGUACCAAAGUUGCUAAGCUGGGGCUUAUCUCAAGAUAGCCUUCACCACUUUGGGCCGUUUAUCAUCUCCGAGUUUGUCCACGGAAUUCAUUUAUCUGAUAUUCUUAAAGACCCAGCUUCCCCCGCAAAGCUCUAUCUUAAUCCCAACGUUGACACACAAAUACUGGACGAUGUAUUUGAACAAAUGGCUAAUAUUUUACUUGAACUAUUCCAAUUUAACUUUUCUCGCAUUGGAGCAGUCUCCAAAGACCCAACUUCAGCGACAUGGUCUGUCACUGGACGACCUCUCACCUACAGCAUGAACGAGUUGGCAACGACAGCUUUCUAUCCUGUCGACAAGUUUGCUACUGAUCCAUUUACUACGGCUAGCGGCUACUUCAGGCAUCUCUGCCAGGAAAAUUUAACUCACCUUUUCACUCAACGCAACCUCUCUACCUCCAGGAAGCAAGCUGAGGAGCACUACGUUGCACGGCAUCUAUUUGCGCGUCUAGUUAACAAGCACUGUAUUUGCGAUAACGGACCCUUUAAACUGUUUUGUGAUGACCUCCGGCCUCAGAAUAUCCUUAUAGAUCCAAAGUCCCACCGCAUAACGGCUGUUCUUGACCUCGAAUUCACAAAUGCCAUGCCGAGCCAGUUCGCCACCGAACCGCCGUGGUGGUUAUUGCUAGCUGGGCCGGAUGCAUAUCUCAUUCGGGGCCGCAGUAUGGAGGAUUUCCUGUUGGCUUAUGAACCUCGUUUGGAGCAGUUCCUGCAAGCCAUGCAACGGGUUGAAAAGUCAAGAGGAAUGCUGCAUAGUGAGAAUUCUCUGUCCAGUCUAAUGCGCGAAUCCUGGGAUACGAAACGCUUUUGGUUCAAUUACGCGGCGAGGAAACCAUUCGACGUGGACGUACUCUUUUAUAAUUGUUUGCAUGAAAUCAGCACAGGCGUUGACACAUUGGAUGAGCAUGUUCGUGCAGCACUAGCACCGUUUGUCAAGAUGAAGAUGGAACAGUUGAGGGCAUAUGACGAAGAUUGCAACAGAUUGCUAUAA